UUCUCAUCCGGGCUCCUGCUUUCUACUCUAGGGCUGGGAGAGUGGAGAUGGCAGCUCAGAAGAUAAAUGAAGGGCUGGAGCACCUCGCCAAAGCUGAGAAAUAUUCCUCAAUUUUGUGGAUUAGAGUGGACAGACCGCAAUUUAAGGAAUUUUUUUGAGCAAAAAUAUUCUUGCCUGAAAACUGGUUUUUUAAAGUGGAAGCCAGAUUAUGACAGUGCUGCUUCUGAGUAUGGAAAAGCAGCUGUUGCUUUUAAAAAUGCCAAACAGUUUGAACAAGCAAAAGAUGCCUGUCUGAGAGAAGCUGUUGCUCAUGAGAAUAACAGGGCUCUUUUUCAUGCUGCCAAAGCUUAUGAGCAAGCUGGCAUGAUGUUGAAGGAGAUGCAGAAGCUACCAGAGGCUGUUCAGCUAAUUGAGAAAGCCAGCAUGAUGUACCUAGAAAACGGCACCCCCGACACGGCAGCCAUGGCAUUGGAGCGAGCUGGAAAGCUGAUUGAAAAUGUAGAUCCAGAAAAGGCUGUACAGCUUUAUCAGCAGACAGCUAAUGUGUUUGAAAAUGAGGAACGUUUACGACAGGCAGUUGAAUUACUAGGAAAAGCCUCUAGACUGCUAGUACGAGGACGCAGGUUUGAUGAGGCGGCACUCUCUAUUCAGAAAGAAAAAAAUAUUUAUAAGGAAAUUGAGAAUUAUCCAACUUGUUAUAAGAAAACAAUUGCUCAAGUCUUAGUUCAUCUCCACAGAAAUGACUACGUGGCUGCCGAAAGAUGUGUCAGGGAGAGCUACAGCAUUCCAGGGUUUAAUGGGAGUGAAGAUUGUGCUGCGCUGGAACAGCUUCUUGAAGGAUAUGACCAGCAAGACCAAGAUCAAGUGUCAGAGGUCUGCAACUCGCCCCUUUUCAAAUACAUGGACAAUGAUUAUGCUAAGCUGGGCCUGAGUUUGGUGGUUCCAGGAGGGGGAAUCAAGAAGAAAGCAGCAGCAACACCACAGACCAAGCCUGAAGGCACUACUGCCGCCGCUGCUGAGGAAGACGAAGAUGAAUAUGCGGCAGGGCUAUGCUAGGCUUUACAGAAAGGGGAAAAUCCUGACAUGCCAUUCAUGGACUUGGAACUUGUCUAAAGGGUAUCCAGACUUCAUUGCACUCAUGGCUUUGAAUGCUAAUAAAGACUAAUUUUUUAGUUAUCAUUUCCCCAAAUUACCCAUUGUACCCACUACUUGUGAAACAUCUUUUUCUUUCCAAAGACAUCAGAAGGAAUUAACAAAAAAAAGUACUGUCACAUUUUAAUACAAUUGAUUUUGAAGUUUGCAAGCCAAAUUCUAGACAAAUUACGUUCCAAGGAAAAGGGACAUAGACAUAUUCUUUUUCCUGUAAUUUUUUGUUUGAGGAUUUUAUUUGCAUUUUAUUUGAUAAUUGCUGCUAAAAUUAAAGGCUUACUAGUUAAACAAAAUAAUAUUGUAAACAUUUGUUACGUUUUGAAGAGGAAAUUUAUUCCCCAUAAUAUCAGCUACAUUUAAAUUAUUAAAUUUUUUCAGAGGCAAGAUUGGGGAUAGGAAGCUAUUUUGAUCUUUACAAUAUUAUUUAGCCCAAUAAAAGAUGCAUAUGAAGGUAGCAUAUGGAAGUGAUUCUGUAAAUGUCUUCAGUUCUCUCAAAUAUGGGUAUUUCCCUCUCUCUCUCUCUCACACCUCCCCCCCACAACACCCACAUAGUGACUGUCUCCAAACCCACAUGGCUGUUGACUAAGCGGGAACUAUUGUGGGGCUUUUUAUGCAUUCUAACAAAGAGGUAAUGCUUCCAUCAAUUUAUAUAUACCCUUUUUUCCCUCCAAAAUAAUUUGAUUCAUUUAGAGUUAUAACAGGCCAGUCACAUGUCACGGGAAAUGCUGUAUACCACCAAAUUUUAGCUGAAAUGAGAGAAUUGUUUUGAAGUAUUUACACUUAAAGUACUGUGCUGCCAAUAUUUUGAUUCUUUAUAGGUAUUACCUAAAAGGUUAUUUUGAAGCAGUCCUUUUUCACCCUGUGUGGCUUAGAUUUAUCUCCUAAUCUAUUAAUUUGAAAGAGGCUAUAAACACCAGCAGUGUGCAUUCUGCAGGCAGAUGCAGCCUAGAGCAGUGUCCUGUUUGCGCCCUGUCCCUCUCCUCAUAGAGCCCUACCUGUUGCAAGCUGAGUGUGCUCACCUUUGCUAGACUUCCUGAAAACACUAAGGGGGAUCAUCACAAGUGGCUUUAGUCACAGAUGGUUCUGUUGGAGAGCUUAGACAGCGUAACAUUCUCAUUUGUGUGCUUGGGGUGGGUGGAUGUUACGAUAAAAAUUUUUAUAGGAGGUCUGAUUCAAGCAGUAAUAAAUUUGAUGUUUUAAUUCCUUAAAUUGCUUGCAUAAUUUAGUGGGUAGCAGCUACAUUUCAGUAAUUGUUUGGAGAUUAACUUUUACAGUCUUACUAAAGCUGUAUUUAGGCAGUUGUAUUUAAUGACAUAUUAAUAUUUCAAAGAUACUAUCAUUGCUGUUGUACCCUUUAGAUCUAGGGAGAAACUUCCAGAGUCUUAUAUUAAUGCUCAUUUGAGCUAAUUAACAGUCUGGUUAAACAGACCUAGCAGCACUUACGAGAUAAUUUACACUAUUUGUUUACAGAUCAUAUUAUCCAUUGCAGCCUUGGAAAUUUUUUUUUUAACUUUCACUCUUUUCUUACAUAUUAGACAAAAACAAGAAAUGAUUCAGUGCAUUCUGUAGCAGCAAUGCAAGUGAGUCUUCAACAACAUAAAAGUUGUACAAGUGCACCCUCUUGCCACCCUCCCUGCUCACAUUUAAGAACUAAUAGAUGGACUUGUGGAUGCCAGGGUUAUUCAGCAUGGUGUUGGGUAAAAAGCAUUGGUUCCACAUUUAUGCAUUGAAUUUUUCCACCUACAAGUCUUUAUUUUCAGAGAAUAGUCAGAGUGGAAAACUUGUGUUUACAAAAGGAAACAUUGUCAUUACUUUCACCAAAGUGGAAGUCUGCAUGAAUAUGCUCAGAAUCUAAUAUUCAAUGUUCUAUUAUACUGUAAGUACAGUCAGCCUACAAAAUAUAUUUAAUAUAUUAAAUUUAUUUGUAUAUAUGCAGAGUAUGGUAUUUGUGCUUUAUUCCUACUUUUUCCAGCUCUUUGAUGAGUAGAAUAUUAUAUGUGUUGUUAUGGAAAUGCAGAUUAUUGGUUCUGUGGGAUAAUUAUGAAAAUA